AAGCAGAACUGAACCGAUUUCGGUCUACAAACUACAAAGUGUUCUCGGUUCUCGUCGUUCCUCCCCAUUGACAAUGGUUGCCGUUGAUUGUGCAGUGAAUUUUUAUUCAAUUAUUUUAAAAGUUGUUAUUUAGUAUCAUGGAAACUUUAUUUUGCACCCAUUUUGUUUCUUUUGUGUGUGUUUGGUUAUGAAAAUUUGUCUCAUCAAAAAUGGCGUUAAUUUGGAGGUACAUACUCUUUAUUGUAUGGGUAUCGUAUUUAUUACUCUCUGGUCUUCUCUUGUUUACAAGAGGUUUUCUUUUAAAUCGAGAUGUUUUGAGUUUAAAUUCUUCAUGUAAACCUAGAAGUCCGUAUUGUGAAAAUCUGUAUGAUGAAAUCAAUUACAUCAAGGGAGAAAUGAUCCUGGAUUGCACAGAAGAUGAUGUACUGUCUAUGAAGUUGAAUUACGUUAGUGAUAGUUUACAACAUUGUUCAAAAAACAAUUUAAAAGUAAUAAUACUCUUAAUUGAUGCCUUAAAUUAUGACUUUGUAGCCUACAAUGAAAAUCAAAAUAAUUCGAACCUUCUUCACUACCAGAAUAAAUUGACUGUGAUACAUGAGUUGUUGAACAAAUCAUCAGAGCAUGCUCGAUUGUACAAAUUUAUUGCUGAUCCACCCACUGCAACAAUGCAAAGACUGAAUGGAUUGACCACUGGAAGUUUACCAACAUUUAUUGACAUCGGCUCAAACUUUGCUACAUCGGAAAUCACUGAGGAUAAUAUUAUUGAUCAACUAGUCAAUCUGGAUCGUAAUCUAAUAUUUAUGGGUGAUGAUACGUGGACAAGCUUAUACCCAGGCCGUUUCAAAAGAGAAUAUUCAUUCCCAUCUUUCAACACCUGGGAUUUGGAUACUGUUGACAAUGGAAUAAAGGAGCAUCUUAUUCCAAGUAUUAAGAAAAAUGAUUGGGAUGUGAUAAUUGCACAUUUUCUUGGAGUGGAUCAUUGCGGGCACCGGUACGGACCACUACACCGUGAAAUGAGCCGCAAGUUGAAGGAAAUGAACGAGAUCAUCAGGGAAGUUGUUGACACAAUGGACAAAGACUCAAUACUUUUCGUGAUUGGAGACCAUGGCAUGACAAUUACAGGUGACCACGGGGGAGACAGUGAGCCGGAGAUCACUGCAGCCAUGUUCGCGUACUCGCCCGGCAAUGUUCUCUUGGCGCCCGACUUCGAAAGCGACACAUCAACUGCCAACAGUGUCAGACAAGUCGACAUUGUGCCCACGCUCGCAACCAUACUAGGAGUCCCCAUCCCCUUUUCAAAUUUAGGCUCUGUUAUUCUGAACGUAAUUCCUGUAUCUGGCAACAAUUCCGACAUUGCAUCCAACUGGAAAGUUGUUGCAUCUGCUCUGUGGGCCAACAUAAAACAAGUCACACUCUACAUGCAGGAGUACUCUAAAGGCAACUCCCAAUUGCCCGCUGAGAAGUUGGAAAAGUAUUUGGAACAAUAUCACAGAAUGAGAAUGCAAAUGGAAAACUUGCUCACUACCUACGAAUUGGACAAGUUUAUUUUGGAGAGUCAGGAUUAUUUGAGAUCACUGCGGCAAAUGUGUGAAGAGAUCUGGGUUCGGUUCGAUUCGUUCUCCAUGUCUCGCGGCCUAAUCAUAGUCUUCCUUACAUUAGCCUUCACAUUUCUGUUAGUUGAUGGUAUACCUGGAGAUAGAUUUCAGAGCAUUAUUGGAGGAAAACUGUUAUAUUUCGCCUACACGGCAGUGUUUCUCUCAAUUGCUCUUGUUGUCGGCCUCAAACAUUUCAAUAUCAUUAAUCAGAUCGAAACUUCACUGUACUUUGCUUCUGGAACUAGUUCGAUAAUAAUCAUGGCAGUGACAGUAGUUCAUCACUGGCCUUCGAUCGCCGGCAACUGGUAUGGCUUGAGCAAGACUCCCGACUGGCUGCACUUCGCCUCCAGAAUCAUCAUACUCUUGUCGGUAGUGGGUGUGUUUUCAAACAGCUACAUUGUUGAAGAGUCGUCUGUGAUAAUAUUCUUGAUGUUGACUUUAGUUUGGUUCUCGGUGUUUGAAGUGAAGCCAGAGAAGACGAAAAAGAAGGUGGCUGAUACGUUCAGUUUUAGGAGUGUAGUGGGAUCAGCGCGAGGGAAGGUUAUGGUGCUAUCGAUGUUGUUAAGCGUGGUGUUGAGAGUUUCGACGAGGUACUGGCGUUGCCGCGAGGAGCAGAUGGAGUGCAUGCCAGUGCCUACCAAGCGACUGAUGUCGAACUCAUCACAGUGCCUGGUGACAAUACUGUGCUUGUCGGUGUUCAUCGUGGCGUGCCGCAUCUGUCUGCGCAGCCUCGGCAACCUGGUUGGCUUCUCGCCGACGGUGCUUGUCAGCCGCUACGCGCCCACCAUCUCGGUGGUUAGUCUCGGUGGUUAUUGGAUUCUCCACGCGCUGCCUCUCGAGACGCAGGGAAAGCUAUUUGUGCCUUGGCAGUUGAGACUGUUGCCUCGCACUGUCGUGCUCACGGCUCUCGGUGGCCUGCUGGUGCUCUUUGUCCGUCCUCUCAGCGUCUACCACCUCACCAACUCCACUGUCAUCCCCACCGACAACCUGGUUCCUGCACUCUUUCAUCAGCUCAAGGAACUGAUGGUUAGGCGCACUGGUGGUGACGUAAAGGGCUACCCAGUCGUGUUCGGCCUAGCAACAGUGUACAGUGCCACUUUCGUGAACGCAAUUGUCUUCCUGAGUCUGCUGGGUGCGCUGCUGUUGGGCCAAUCAACGGCUGCCUCCAUCCUGCUGCUCCUUGUCACACUCAUUCUACUCGCCGCCAUCUAUGCUAUACUUCGACAGAACAAAACAAUCAUUUUUGCUCAAUUGUUUGAGGUUCCAUGGUGGAUAAUCGUUUGCUGGGGAUUGUCAGCCGUGCAUUACUUCUACAGCACGGGACAUCAGGCUGUGUUCUCAGCUCUGCACUGGGACUCCGCCUUCAUCAUGUCGGCCGGCACAAACCUCGAAUCCUAUGUUAUUCCUGGUCUACUUGUUAUAGCUAAUACCUUCUGUUCUCAGAUGAUUCAUGCGAUCCUACUGCCAUUACUACUGAUCGCACCAUUCACUUUGAAUGCAAUCGCUCCUAAAUUGCUGUUCGAUAAGGACUCGUCAGAAGUGAAGAGGGCCGAGAUGAUGCUCUUCGAGCGCGAGUCCUUGUUGGCCAGAGCUGUCUUCUCUCUUACUAUCAGAUACAUCCUAUUCCAAGGCCUAAGGGUGUUCACCUGUAUGCUGGCGGCAGUGAUCCAUUCUCGCCACCUGAUGGUGUGGAAGGUGUUUGCGCCGAAGCUGAUCUUCGAGGGCAUCUCCCUGGCGGUGACACUGCCCUGUCUGCUGGCCGGGGUCAUCCUGCUGCAACGCAUCACUGCCAGCAUAGACCUGCUGCUAAGGUCCCUCCAAGACAAUCAUCGGUGAUCUCAGCCUCACAAUGAUUGCCGUCGCCGGUUUUAUAGAUUUUAUAGACGACAAUUGUUAGCAUUUAAUAAUCGAGUUGUUUUUGGUUGCUGCGCAGCCUGAAAAUUGCCAACCUGGGAACAUUUUCAAAUGUGUUUCUGAAGGCGGAUUUCUACAUAUCAGUGUGCAGUGAAAAUAUAACUCCAUGAUUUCUAAUGGGACUAUGCAUUCUCGGAAAACCGGGAAUAGUUCCAUUAGAAUUAGAACUCAUUACUCACACUACCGCAAUUCAAAUCGUACGACUCCAGUCGCGAGUACCUGUAUUUUGAACCAUUCGACUUGAUUUAUUGAAAAUUGUGUAUUUUAAGGCUUAUUUCAAUCAAACUUUUUAUGAUACCUAUAAAAAAACUUCACUACUUUUUCAACAAAUUCGAACGUUCUCUCGUUUAUAUUCAUGCUAUUUCACUUCAAAUCCUAAUCUCAAUUGUAAAUGUAGGAUACUCAAGUCUCACGUCUCUAGGUGACCAGUAUGCAGUAUGUCGAGUGGCCAAGAGACAUGCGACUUGAGUGUCCUAUUCCCUCAAAAAGUGAGAUUAGGAUUUGAAGUGAAAUAUCGUGAAUAUGAACGAAAACACGUUGAAAAAGUAGUAAAUUUCUCAUUUUAUGUCAUUGAAAAAAUUGAUCAAAAUAAACCUCUUAUUACACAAUUUUUAAUAAGUCAAGUUGGGGGGAUAGAAAAACUGGUACUCGCUACUGGAUUUGAGCACUACCUCCGUAAACAAAGCCGUAGUGCAUUCGUGUGACGUCAGCAUAGGUAGGGCUCCUACAUCAAUAAAAAUUUCGUUGAUUUAAGCUGAUCUAUAUCAGCUAGUGUUUUUAUUGGUGGAGCCCUUCCUUUGCUGACGUCACACGAAUGCACUACGGCUUUCUUCACGGAGGUAGUGAAAUAUAGAUUUGAGUCGCGGUGGUGUGAAUAGUGCCAUAAGAAUAAUAUAUUCUCACUGUACCGUACACUUGUGCGGUACAGUGAAUGUAUAAUUCCAUGACUUCCAAUAGGACUAUUUACACACGCUCGUCCGGGAAUAGUCUCAUUAGAACUCUUGGAAUUAUAUUUUAACGAAUAUUUAUUUUCAGUGAGAAUAUUAUUCCCAAAGGUUCUAAUAGGACUGACUAUUCAUACUUGCCCGACCGGGCUGAGUGGGAAUAUUUCCAUUAGAACGAACUCAAGGGAAUAAUAUUCUUACUGAGCCGUACACGUUCACUGAUACUGAUAUGUGGGAAUCCUCUUUGAGUCAGCAGUGCUAGUCAUCCUGUAAGAAUAAAUAUUUAUUGAUUAGAUUUGUAAGCAACUGACUUAUUCGAUUCCAACUCUGUCUUACUAAAUAAGAGCUUUUACAAUUUGUAGAAAAGUUUUUCACUUUUCUAAUGGUUAAUAGGUUAUACAAUUAUCCAAUCCAACUUCAACGAGCUCAACAUUGUCAGUGGAUCACCAAAAUAAAAAUACAAUCUGUAAAAAGUUGGAAUUUUGCAUAGCAUUCCUUUUUCACAAUGGAAUCUUAGAUCUUCUGUGUUCAGGUUCUAUAAUUUUCUGCCAAGUAUGAGUGAUCGUUCUUGAAAUGCACCCAUGAACACCAAUAUUCUUGUUUGUAAUAAUUGUUGAUUUAUUCUGUUUAUAGAUUAUAUAAUUGAUAAACUUGUUUAUGAAAAUAAGUUAUUAAAGAUUAUAAAUUUUCUUUAUUUUUUCAGAAGAAUAUUUUUUGUCAAUUUAGCGAUUUUUAGAAUUUUUUUGUUUAUUUUUGCGAUAAGUCCAGUUUUUGUUUGAUUUUUUAAAUGCUGUUCUGGCUUCACAGUUAUUCGAAGCAGUUUUUUUUUUAUUUUGCAUUUUAUACUCUGUAUAAUGUGCUUUAUGCAAUAAGUGAAUACCAUAUUCAUCUUUAGCAUAUUUAUGGUAAUCUACACGUGUGAUUAUUUGGCUUAAUUUUUUCAUGACUUGUGAAAGCUAAUCGUACAAAGAAAAGGUUAUUUCACAUAGUAUUAAGUUUAAGUAUAGUUUAUCACACUAAUGUGUUUCAUAGGCAAUAUUUCCUUUUUGAAUACUGUAGUGUUGAAUAGUUUUGUAAUUUUGCUUAGUGCUAUAGUUGUUAUCUAGUACCUACUUUAUUGUUAUUAUGAUUGUUCAGUAUUUUGGGCGAAAGGACCUUCAGUUGGGUUCUGUGUGAGAUAGAUGAGAGUCGUAUGAAUGAAAAUAUUCGCGUGUAUUUGUAAAUUUCCACAAAUUUCUACCGGUACUAUAAUAAUAAUAUUUCUACUGUUCAUUUCAAUUUCAUUAAAAAAUUGAAUCUGCAAUAAUUUUUCCGAAUCAAAUAAAAUGAGGUUCCUAAUGGAUAUUUUUUUUUUGGAUCCAGUAUUCCUUAUGAAAUAAUACUUAUCUAUCUGCAUUACUCUCUUCAUUCAUAGAAUACAUAUUCUAUGGAAUACUUUUCAUUUAAUUUGUAUCGAAAAUAUUCCAGUAGCUACAGAUCUAGAAAAUGUAAAAUCUUCAUAAACUGAACUCUGCAAAUCCCAGAACGUCCCUUGAGAAAUCCAUUCAACGACUAUUAUUAGAAACUUGCUAGAAUAAUUUUAGUUUCAUUGAAAACGAUCAUCAUUGAGUAUUUUUUCUGUCGUUUAUUUCUAAGAGUAUUGAAUCGCUUUCGACUAAAUUACUGUAGUUGUAAUAAUUAUUGUUAUCAGUGAGACACCUGUGUAGUGCUGCAUAUUAUUUCUAAUCACUCAUUGAUUUCAAGUGAUUAUAAUAUCAUAUCGUGUUUUCCUUAUACAGCUAUGUUUUGUUACUGUACGGUAUUCGAAAACUUGUCCAAAAUCAAAUACAACUAUACCAGAUUUUUCAUAGAAUAGAUCCAAUUUCUUUUCAAAACCAUACAUUAUUAUUUGGUAUUAAGUUUUAGUACAAGUAACUCGUUUCUCUACAAACGACCAGUAGGGUUUAAGAUAGCAAUUUCUAUAAAUACCUGUUAUCAAAUUAUGUUUGUGUUAUUUUCUAUACAAAUAAUUGUUAUACUUUAUAGACAAUUUACUAUGCAAAUUGUUAUACUUUAUAGACUAGCAAUUCUCAUACAAUUGUAGCCUUCAAUAGUAUUUCUAAACAGUAUUGUGCUUUAGACAGCAUUUACAUUCGAGGUAGAUCCUUGUUUCAUCUGUGAACUGUGGAGAUUUGCAUAAAAUAAAUUAUUUGCCUGGUAUGAA